AUGGCGCUGGUGAUGGAGCCGGUGAGCAAAUGGAGCACGAGCCAGGUGGUGGACUGGAUGAAAGGUCUGGACGACUGCUUGCAGCAAUACGUGUGUGUGUUUGAGCGCGGAGGUGUGUGCGGGGAGAGGCUGCUGAGGAUUAGCCACGCUGAGCUGGAGGAGCUGGGAGUUUCUCGCAUCGGACACCAGGAGCUCAUUCUGGAGGCUGUCGACUUGCUCUGUGCUCUGAACUCGGGUCUGGAGACAGAGAGCGUCAGGACUCUGGCUCACAAACUCGGCGCUUCGGCCAAAAACCUGCAAAACUUCAUCUCCGGCCGCCGCCGCAGCAGCCAAUCGGAGAGCAGGUCCUCGCGGCGGCUCCCCAACGACCUGCUGACCUCCGUGGUCGACCUCAUCACCGCCGCCAAGAGCCUGCUCGCCUGGCUGGACAGGUCUCCCUUUGCUGCAGUGGCAGACUACUCAGUAACCCGAAAUAAUGUCAUUCAGCUCUGCCUGGAGCUCACCACCAUUGUACAGCAGGACUGUACGGUGUUUGAGACGGAGAACAAAAUCCUUCAUGUGUGCAAAACGCUGUCGGAGGUGUGCGAGCACAUUGUUUGUGUGUCAUCGGACCCGCUGGUAUCUCAGUCAGCCCACCUCGAGCUGGUUCACCUCACCAACAUCAAACCCUCUGAAGGCCUGGGAAUGUACAUCAAAUCAACCUAUGACGGCCUCCAUGUGAUCACAGGAACGACUGAAGGGUCUCCAGCUGACCGCUGUAAGAAGAUCCACGCGGGAGAUGAAGUCAUUCAAGUCAAUCACCAGACUGUGGUAGGCUGGCAGUUACGUAACCUGGUCGGCUCGCUGAGGGCCGAUAAAGGCGUCGUGUCCCUGACCCUGAAGAAGCGUCCGCAGAGCACGCUCAGCUCCGCCCCCGCUCUGCUGAAGAACAUGCGCUGGAAACCCCUCGCUCUGCAGCCAACCAGAAGCCCAGGCAGCAGUUCGGCAACACCCUCAGGCACACCCACCAAGAACUCCGCCCUCCAGGACCUUCACAUCCCGCCUCCACCUGCUGAGCCAUACGCACCCAGAGAUGAGACAGGAGCCUUGUCUGGAGAUGAAGCAUCUCGUAACCAUGGUGGCAUCAGCGUUGCUAAGCGCUCUGAGUCACCAAACUCCUUCCUGGAUCAAGAGUCUCACCGGCGAGAAGAGGAGGAGUCUGUGUACUGCACCACGCCUACAUAUGGCAGGCUGAGGCCCAUCUCCAUGCCUGUGGAGUGUAACUGGGUGGGCGACUAUGAAGACCCAGCCAAGCUUAACAGAGAGAGUCGCAGAGAAGCGUCACUGAUGCGUUACGUUGGACUGUCCACCAUGGACGAAAGGACCGGCUCUGACGACUACUCCUCCCACACGGCUCGUCCGGGCAAACGGUCCAAUGACACGGCCAAACGCGCCAAGAGGCGGAGCCACCACAGUCAAAGCCCCUCCCACUACGUCCUCCAGACCAGUCAGAGAGAUUCUCCGCCGAGAGACCCCGCCUCCAUUUAUCAUACAUACCAGCAGUCCUCCUCCCUGCAGUCAAAGACCAGGAAGAGGAAUAAAGGACGCAGUUUGGCCUCCCUCAGCCGGAGGCGUGUGUCCUGCAAGGCGCUGGGCAGAGGAGACUGCGAGGGCUGGCUGUGGAGAAAGAGAGAUGCGAAGGGUUACUUUUCCCAGAAAUGGAAGAAGUACUGGUUUGUGCUGAAGGACAACUGCCUGUACUGGUACAUCAAUGAGGAGGAUGAGAAGGCAGAGGGUUUUGUCAGUCUUCCAGAGUUUAAGAUCGACCGGGCGAGUGAAUGUCGCAAGAAGUAUGCUUUCAAAGCAUGUCACCCCAAGGUCAAGAGUUUCUACUUUGCAGCAGAUGGAGUGGAUGACAUGAACAGAUGGCUGAGUCGUCUCAACAUGGCCGCCGUGGGCUACGCCGAGCGAGAGAGGAUACGCCAGGAGCAGGAUUACUGGAGUGAGAGUGAACAUGAGGAUGACACCACCUCCAGCCCCAAACAGGACAGUCCCCCACCUCCAUACGAUACCUACCCACGGCCUCCAUCCAUGAGUGCCUACUUGGAAGGCCGGACCACUCGACUGUCUUCGACGGAGACGUCUCGGUCUCGCUCUUCCCAGGAGGACUUCCUCUGUGGCGAGCCCCCCGCGGUGGCUGCAGAGCCGCAGUACCAUCCGGGUCCGCUAGGGGGAGGCACCACACACAGUGGGAGAAAGCCAGGGGGCAGCAGCAGCAGCGAUGUGCAGUACAGAUGCGAUCCUGUAGAGUACCGGUCUAGUCCCGCGGGGGGCAGCAGUGAGACGGGAUCUCCGGGCCGCUCUUCUUCAUCUCAGAGACGUUCUUGGCAGGACCUGAUCGAGACACCACUGACCGAGGCUGGACUGCAUUACCUACAAACUGGACCACUAGAGGACGCGGUCUUUGCUGAGCCCAGUCCCGGUGGGACUAUGAUGGCCGGAGCCGUUUACACUCUUCCUGCGCAGAGGAAUGUCCCGUUGCCCGUGGCGAUGCAGAGGCUGAUUCCUAUGGCAACCCAGGGAGGGAAACCCCGCAGCUUCACACUGCCACGAGACAGCAACCUACACACACUCCUCACGCCCCCUGCGAAAGAAGAACAGCAAACACGCAACGGCGGCAGCGAGGGCGCGUCCCUCGGCGACCUGUUUCGGGCAUGCGAGCAGGGCGGGGUGUGUCCUCUAGGCCGCGGGUCUGAGGGCAAAGACCAAUCAGAGUUCAGGCAGUCCUUCCUCCGACGGGCCGCCGACCCUCAGCUCAACGAUCGUCUGCACCGCCUCCGCAUACUGACGUCCACGCUGAAGGACAGGGAGGGGGAGCUAGCGCUGAUUGACAGGCUGUUGGCCAAUCCCCAGCUGUCGUCUGCAGAGUUCCAGGAGUGGAAAAGAGCCUAUCAGGAGCUGUUCUCUCAGGAGCCAGACUCGACCGCUGAAUCAGACCCCGGCCCUCCCCUCACCCCCUCGCUCUCUCACACACACUCCUACAUCGAGACCCACGUCUGA